AAUUCCAGUUAUUUAUUUACUUCUAAAGGCAUAAAGAGAAGCAAAACCUGCUUAGGCUGAAGAGUAACAGCAAUGAAUUCCGAACAUCAGUAUGUGCAGCUCAGUGAUGGCCACUUCAUUCCUAGGCUGGGCUUUGGCACCUAUAAACUGAAAGAGGUUCCUAAUAGUAAGACAGUAGAGGCCACCAAAAUAGCUAUAGAAGCUGGGUUCCGCCAUAUUGAUUGUGCUUAUGUAUAUCAAGUAGAAGAGGAGGUAGGACUGGCGGUUAGAAGCAAGAUUGAAGAUGGCACUGUGAAGAGAGAAGACAUAUUCUAUACUUCAAAGCUAUGGUCCACUUUUCAUCAUCCCAACCUGGUCCAAUCUUGUUUGGAAAGAUCACUGAAAAAACUUCGUUUUGACUAUGUUGACCUCUACCUUAUUCAUUUCCCAAUAGCAAUGAAGCCAGGGGAAGAGCUUUAUCCAAAAGAUGAAAAUGGAAAAAUAAUUUAUGACUCACUGGAUCUCUGUGCCACGUGGGAGGCCAUGGAGAAGUGCAAGGACGCAGGAUUGGCCAAGUCCAUCGGGGUGUCCAACUUUAACCGCAGGCAGCUGGAGAUGAUCCUGAAUAAACCAGGCCUCAAGUAUAAGCCUGUCUGCAACCAGGUAGAAUGUCAUGUUUAUCACAACCAGAGGAAACUGCUGGACUUCUGCAAAUCCAAAGACAUUGUUCUGGUUGCCUAUGGUGCUCUUGGAACUCAAAGAUACAAAGAAUGGGUUGACCAGAACUCCCCAGUUCUCUUGGAUGAUCCCGUUCUUGGUGCCUUGGCAAAAAAGCACAAGCGAUCCCCAGCCCUGAUUGCCCUCCGCUACCAGCUGCAGCGUGGGGUUGUGGUUCUGGCCCAGAGUUUGAAGGAAAAUGAAAUAAAAGAGAACAUUCAGGAGAACAAUUUUUGAAUCAUCACUAAAGCAGUUACAAGAAAACCUACCCAAUAUUGAGAUUAACCCAAAGAAUAAUUAUUUCUAAGUUUUCUCUCUUUGCCUUGGCUCAGCCUGAACUCAGUGAAUGUCUUCCAGCUACCCAGGCUACUCAUGUUUUUGCAAUCAACUCUGAUAUGCAUCUGCAGGACAGUGUGGUCCCUCUGCUGUAGUCCUGCUUGCUCUGUUUUCUGGGGGUGUCUCAGCUCCUCUCCAUGGUACUUUACAUCCAUUAGUGGACAACCCAGGCUUCACCUCAUCACACAGCACUCUCCCUAGGCAAUGAAUGGAAUCUCCCAGAGCCUUCUCAUGCCUCAGCUCAGAGUAGCUUCUACCAUGUUCUAAUGGCCAAUGAAAGUUGGCCAAUGAAAAAGACAAGGCAUGACUCAAGAGGUGCAGAAAUAGACACCAUCUCUUAGUGAAAGAAGCUUCAAAUUCACAUAGGAAAGAGAUUGAAGACUGGAAUAUAUGAAUUAUUGGGGAGAACAUUCUUGCAAACAAUUGAACACAUUGGUAUAUUCUGGAUAUUUUUUUUCAGGUGCAAUUGUGUUGGUUGAAAUAUAUUCUCCUACAUUCUACUUGUGCUUCCAUUCUCCUUUGGGUGUAUUUUCAUGAACAAAGUUCCUUCUCUAAUUGGUGUCUUCAUGCCUGGACUUUGUGGUUAAUGAGUGUCAUAUUUUUACUUAUAUUGGCAAAUCUAGUAUUUUAUUACAUUUCUUUACAAAACUCUUACAGUCCUUAACUCCACAUAUAAUUCAAUAUCAUUUUUUAAACAUUGUAUGAAAUAAAAAUCCAAAUAGACACAUAAUUUUUAAAUGACUAACUAAAACUUCCCAGCAACAGGAUUACAUUUCGGACUACUUUUCUAUUGUAAAGAACAUAGAAUCGCUGUAUCAAUCUCUAUGCAGAUUGUCUCUGUUUGUUUGAUACUGCAUUGGAUUGCUUAAUAAAUUCAGAGAGAAACUACUUUUUGAAUUAUUAAAGAUUCUACUCCAUGAUUGUGA